AUGGAGUCCUCCACGUUACAGCUGUUGGAUAGCACCGACGCCGUCGUGCGGCUGCGCCACGUGCUCGCCACGCAGCUGCAGCAUGGCUGGAUGGACCUCGCCGCCGCUCGUUACAGUCACGCAUCGUCGCCUCUGGGCGACGGAGGGCUGAUGCAUCUCGUCGGGUGUGCGACGGCGCACAGGACGUCGCCAGGAACGAGAUCUGCGGCGGGUGUGAGUCACGGGAAGCCGUUACCCCUUGCGGGAUUGGCGCAUCCCACCCUGCGAUCGGCGCAGAGCAGAUUCGCACUUGCGCUCGCCGUGGCUGUGGAGGUGGCGUCCUUGCAGCAACAGGUGGCUCGACUUGGGAAGCAGGAUCAGCAGGAACCAAAGGAAUUGCAGCAGCAGCAGCAGCAGCAGAAGCCAGAUGUGAUUAAAAGCACAGGGGCACUGCCAGAUGCGGAAGAAGCCGCCCAUUUCAGCUGGCCCACUGUGCUGGCUUGUCUUUUUGCGGCUGGAUUCACCCUGGGGCCGCCUCUGGACGGCAUUCACUCCGUUGUGGGCCUUCAGGUGUACGACGUGAAUGGGGGGCUCAUAAUAGGAGGUCCAGACGGCCUCUACACGAGUGUGUGGGUCUUCCCUCUGCUGGGAGCCAUGUACGCUGUCGUUGGCGCCCUGCAGCUACUCGUCGACCAAUCCGCCUUCAAUUCGGGGUCUCAACGUCUGGAUAGCUCUCCUGCUCUGGGAGUGUCGUCCUCUCAUACUGCUGCCUCACCUCGGGAAGAGCUGCAACCAGGACCAGCAUCUUCCACCUCCUCUUCCUCCUCUUCCUCCUCCUCCUCCUCCACCUCCUCCUCCUCCACCUCCUGGUUCUCCCUCGCCUCCUCCCCUCCCAGGGGCUCCUGGUUGCGCCUGCUGAGCUGCAUGGGCCUCCUCCACUUCAGCUCCCACCUCUUUGAGGCUCAUGCCAUCCCCUCUACAGUCAUUGCACUGUCCAUUCACCCUGCUUAUCACUCCUUUCCUGGUCCCUUUCCGUCCUAUAUCCCCCUUCUGCACCCCUCCCCCCCUCUCAGUGUGCUCAUCAGCCUCCUCCACUUCAGCUCCCAGCUCUUCAAGGGUCAUGCCAUCCCCUCUACAGGCAUCUUCGCUAUCCUCGCCCUGUGCGCCCAUGCCAACUGGUUUGCCUUUGACCGCACCCUCCCUGGGUACCUCCUCGCUCUCUUUGUCGCCGUGGGUGCACCAGCCUCAGAAGUGCUCAUAAUGAAGUACUUGGGGCUCUGGCACUACACUGAACCAGACAUCUUCAUUGCAGGAGAGGUGAGGCACCUGGGGUGGCCGCUGGGCCUGGUCUCCUGGACUGCCUGCUGCUACUUCGUCUACACCCAAUGGGUGCCCACUGUGGCCCGCACCUUUGCUGCCUCGCUGUCUCACACCACCUCACACCGCUUCGUACCUGUCUGCUUGCUGUUAUCCUGUUAUCCCCCCUCCUCCCCUCCCGACCAGGGCCUUGUCUCCUGGACUGCCUGCUGCUACUUCGUCUACACCCAAUGGGUGGCCCCUGCCCCCUCUCCACCACCUCACACUGUUUCGUGUCUACCUCUUUGUCUGCUGCUCUUUACUUGCCAUCCCUCCUCCCCUCCCCUUUCACCACCAGGGCCUUGUCUCCUGGACUACCUACUGCUAUUUCCUCUACACCCAAUGGGUGGCCACUGUGGCUCCUGCUUCCCACCACCUCACACCGCUCUGUACCUGCCUGCUUCCUUAUGCACCCCCCAAUACAGGGCCUUGUCUCAUGGACUGCCUGGUGCUACUUCUUCUAUACCCAGUGGGUGGCAACUGUGGCUCGCACCUUUGCUGCCUCACUGUCUCCCAACAGCCCUGCGCUGGACGAGCUAA